UGGAUAGCCUAUUCUUUCGUCUUUGAGGUUAGGUAGAUUUCCUUGCUUGUGUGAUGUUUCUGUGUUUUUAGUUUUAAUUAAUUCUAAAUAAAUAGUGUUUCUUUGCGUUUAUAAAAUUAUGUUUACUCGUUCCUAAUCUGUUUGAUUAUCUUUCAAAAUGUUAUCCAAAUGCCGUGUCAAAACAAUUCCUAUUUUACUAAGAACCUUCAAUCUACCUUCUAGAGCGUUGUGCUCUGUAAUCUCAGAAUCUGCCGAAAAAGUGACUUAUCCUCCAAUUGAGGAAGUUAGCAAAGAUUAUAAGAAACUCGCAGCUAGAAGAAGACUUCACGAAAAGUACAGGAAAUUAAAAACUGUUGAGGAAAAGUUAUUUGCACUAAACUUGCCAAGAUACUGGGGAUGGGAAACUACUGUUAUCAAUGAAGGGAAUAUUCCUUACAAUUUCAUUGAUUUUGUAAAGUAUGCAACAAGAACGCACGUAAUAACGUCUGACAGAGUACCUGUAGUAAAUUGUGUGUCUGAGGAUGAUUUGAAUAAUUUGUUGGAUAUUGUAAAACCUCAAAUUCAACGAGCCAUACUAUUUGAAGAAAGCUUGAGUGUUAAUGAGGAUGUAUCCGACAUACAAGUGCGAGAGAGAAAAACAAGAUCGCUUAUUGAGAAUGUGAACCGAGUAUUGAUAAAUAAUUUGGGUCAACAUGCGACUCAUAUACUACACGCUGAGGUAGACUACGAGCCACGCGUAGAAGCUUUUUGGAAAGUGGGCGGAUUCACACAGUCUAUAGACGAACAUGCUCGGCGCACAGAGGUUUUGGAACGAGACGACAUUCCGUUUGAGGGUCAUGAUGACAAGGACUACGCCAGUCGUCCAGUUGAACACUGGUUCCAGUAUUUCGGCCGAGUUCUGGUUCAGGUGCGCACGCAUCUACCACUGCAGCCAAUCAGCGACCAGCAGCUGGUGGCGACAAGUGAUGACGAAAUUCGGAAGCUCAGUGACGCCAAAUUCAAAUACAGUCCGGCGUUCUAUGGGUUGGAGGAGAAGCGUCGCUUUGGUACCACCCUGCCUGGAUUCUGGCCGGGCAGUGACAGUGAGUUUGGUCUAGUGUCGUUUCACUCCUGCAACCACUUACUGGGACGACCACCGCAUUUCGGAGACCAGGAGAGAGAGGACGCUCUACAUGCUCAGGCAAUGCUAGCUGGUUAUGCCUCUUGUCAUGGACAGGCUUCCUAUCAAGGGUUCUCGACGUUCAACGAGAUCACCUACCCGCUGAUAAGUCAACACGUGGUCACGGAUGGCAGGCAAUUCUCGUUCUAUGUCUACCAACUGAACACAACUCUAAUGAAUGCUGAUCACGUGGACACCAAUCCAAGGGUCAAUGUCUGCCAUGCUAUGCCUGCACAACAACUUUACCAGCACAUCAUUGGCAACGAGUUUGUUGGCUGGGAUGACAGCGCUCUAAGAAUGCUGAUAUUGUUCUACAUGAACAAACCAGAGCAACGCGAUUAUGACAUGAAACCAAACGUGGACAAGAGCGAGUCCCAUGUCAAAGACAUCACAGACAUCGACGAACGAAGGAAUUGGCUGCAUAACGAGUUCCGCUACAUGUACUCCAAUCGUCCCAGACACCAGCUGCCUUACGAGAUAUUCGACUGGGAGUGGAUUUACAAGAUUAAAUUCAUGACACGACCUUUCGAGAGACGCAAUCGGCCCUUUGAAAGGUGGGAGCAUCCCCUUCGACAGCGCACCUAUAAGGACUACCUGCCCAAGUACAUCCCCAAAUCUAUUCGCUACCCUCACAAGCCAACUCAGGAGAAUUACAACACUUAUUUCCCGGAUGCUUUCCCAGAGGAGGACGGAGAUAGGAAACUCUGAGUGAUCAAGUGAGAAAGAAACUACUACUCUGGGUAGACAGAGAAAUCUGAGUAGAUAAGAAGAUGUGAGUGAUAUAGAAACUACUCUGAAUGAGAAACUACUAACCAAGUGAUAAACUACUUUUGCCGUUUCAGAAGUAUAGUGAGGCCCGCAUUAUAAAGUCAAUACCUGGCUAACAUUGGUGUUGCUAUCCUUGUACAUCAAUCGACUAAGCAGUUAGCGAUAUCCUAUUCCACCUCCGCAUCGUUGCCAGAUCGUUCUUAAACGAUGUAGAAAUAUAAUAAAUCAACAAAAUAUUUUAUUAAAAUUUAAUUUAUUAUGAAAAUUGAAUCAAUGAAAAAUAUUUUUUCUUGACAAAUAAAAUAUAAUAGAACAUAUAUAAAGAAGAAUGAACAGUUAAUAUUACAUAAGAUAUACCGGUAUCAGCUAUCCUCUAUAGAAGGAAGUUGCAAGGCAGAGAUUUGGCAAACACUGUUCUACUAUCUUUCUCCACUACCAUAAUAACGUGGACCUCACUAAAGAUUUAGGUUAUAAUGUCAGUACCUGAUUAACACUGGUUUAGGCUGCAAAACUAGAAUAAACACGUCAUUUAUGAAUAAAUAAAUUAUUGGAAGCUACGAGAACCGAAUGAGAUGUCUUUUCAGAAAAUAAGGCUUUUCUGAUUGAUUCUCUUCUCUUGACAGUUAAUCACGGUCAUAUUCUAGUUUGUUUCCCCUUGUAGAGGGAUUCACGUUAUAAAGUCAGUGGAAAAAAUAGGACUAAAGCGUUGCUGAUUUUCAGAUUCCCACCGCCUUCCUGUACUGGAUAGCAUUAAUUAAUCAAGUCAUCCUGGUAUAUCUGAUAUGAUAUUGAUUGUUGAUUCAUUCCAAUAAUGAUUCAAUACGGUAAUUAUAUCUCAUUCGUCAAUUAAAUUAUAUAUAUCCGCUAUUUAGUAAUGAAUUUUCAUAAUUGAGAUUAAAUAUUAGGUGGGUAACUCAAUAUAUUUCUUUGCAGCCUGCAAACAAUUUGGCGACUGUGUGGAGUUGGAAGGAUAUAUCCAA